AUAACGCUUCCUUCCUUGUUUCCAGUAUGGCUUUGCACUAUACGCAUGUGAUAUUUAUUUAGGAAAUUAUUUCAUGCGUUUCAACAGUUAAUGUGCAAAUUCGGGCUUUAAGCCACUUCGGUGUUUUACAUUUAAACGUUCACGAUGGGUUUACUGACGAUCUUGAAGAAAAUGAAGCACAAGGAGCGUGAAAUGCGUCUACUGAUGCUUGGACUUGACAAUGCUGGAAAAACAACCAUCCUAAAGAAGUUCAACGGCCAAGAUGUCAGCACGAUCUCCCCAACAUUAGGCUUCAAUAUAGAGACGCUUGAGCAUAGAGGGUUUAAACUGAAUAUCUGGGAUGUGGGUGGUCAGAAGUCAUUGAGAUCAUACUGGAGGAAUUAUUUCGAGAGUACAGAUGGACUGGUGUGGGUAGUGGACAGCGCUGACAGAUUGAGACUGGAGGACUGCAGGAAAGAGCUGAGUACUUUAUUACUAGAGGAGCGAUUAGCAGGAGCCACGCUGUUAGUUUUUGCCAACAAACAGGACUUACCUGGUUCUUUAUCAAAAGAUGCCAUUCGAGAGGUCUUAGCCCUUGAUGACAUCAAGACCCAUCACUGGUGCAUUGUGGGAUGCAGUGCCGUGACAGGCGAGAACCUGCUUACAGGUGUGGACUGGCUGCUUGAUGAUAUAGCAGCUCGGAUCUUUACAGCUGACUGAUGGACUGAUAGUUAACACAUUUGGCAGAUAAUGGACCCCCCAAAAAAGGAUCUUUUUGGACUGCAAAUGUUUGCAAUACAACUGUAUCUUAAACGUUUAAGAUGGUUUAUGUAGAUGUAUUACCAACAGGCUUUGUAAUUUUAAAAGCCAAAAGCUGCUUGCCUGAAAUGGAAGCCAUUUUGAAGUCGUUUGUGUACUUUUCAGUGCCAUUUGUUCAGCUGCAUAAAUAAAGAUGCAUCACAUCUGCCAACAAUACU